UCUUUCUACUACGCUCGUGUUCACCUCCAGACUUCACUGUACUCGCUUUUCUGCAGCUCUUUUAGAUCUCCUACUCCAAAAUCGCAAUUUCCCAAAAAUACCUAAAUCGACAUGCCAUAUGGCCACCGCCGGCGCCGUCGUCGACCGGCUACUACGCCGGCUGGCCUCCGACGCUCGCCGGUCGGAUCUGCCUUCGGACAUAGACCAGCACGUGGCGCACUUCAGGCGAACUCUGUCGAGGUUGCGUGAUGUGCUGGUAAGUGUGGAGAGAUAUUUUUGGGUGCGUACUGAGGUACAGGAUUGGAUGACGAAGAUCAAUCAGAUUGUCUAUGACAUGGACAAUCUCUUGGACGAAUUUGAAGACCAAAAUGACACUGAAUCUGAGAGGAGCGGCUGUAUUACAAAGGCAACAUCACUGUGUUCCCCGUGUCCAUUUGUCUUGUAUAGUACUAGAGUGAAUAGAAUGAAGACACUCAUAAAAAGAUUGGAUCAUUCAGCAAGAAAUUCAGUCAUUUUCGGUAUGAUGCAGCACCCAAGGUGUGAUCUUGAGCAAACAGAUACCCAAGAAGAAUUCUGUAGAGCUGCAAUCGUUGGAAGAGAUGGCGACAAAACAAAAAUAAAGGAAUUAAUCUUGCAAAAUGAUGCAGAAAUAUUGUCCAUCAUUCCCAUUGUCGGCCUUGUGGGUUUGGGGAAAACAGCUCUUGCCAGAUUAAUUUUCCAUGACCAGGGAGAAGGGUUGAAUUUUGAUCUUCGUAUUUGGAUCAACUUGAAUAGGAAAUUUGACCUUAGAAAGCUUGCUGCUGAUAUAAUCUCACAAGCUAAUGAAACAAAAGAAGGAGGACCCUCAGUAGUUAACAACACCAGCGCUGAGAUUAAUGGGAAUCUCCAAUUGCUAAAGAAUCGUUUGCAGGAGACACUUCAUGGCAAACAUUGUCUAAUUGUCUUGGAUGGCCUUUGUAGCACAAAUAAAAGCCAGCUGGAUGAAUUGAAGGAAAUGCUCAGGGGUACGAACAAGUCGAUCAAGGUUUUAGUGACCACCUCAAGUGAAAUAACUGCAGAGCUAAUGCACACUUUCACACCAUACAAGUUGCUUCCAUUAUCUGAAGAUGACUGUUGGACAAUAUUUUCUGAAAAGGCAUUUGGGGAUGGAAAUUGUUUCAAUGCAUGCCUAAAGACAAUUGGGAAGCAAAUUGCGAAAAGAUGUGACGGAAUACCAGCUUUAGCUCAUUUUCUUGGUUCAAUAGUUCACAAUCAAGGCAUGUAUGUCUGGUUAGCAGCAAGGGAUGAAGCAAUAUGGAAAUUAGAGAGAACAUAUUCUGGGAGAAGUAAAGUGUUUUCAUCAUUGAAUAAAUUGUACUAUGACAUGCCUUCAGCGCUAAAACUAUGCUUUCUAUAUUUAUCAAUAUUUCCUAAGGGAUCUGCUAUUGAUAAAGAAAAACUUAUCCGGCAGUGGAUUGCACUUGAUAUGAUAGGAUCAAGACAUGAGACGUUGCCUUCCUAUGUUCACGGGGAGAUGUACAUUCAGGAUCUUUUGUCAAUACAUUUCCUUCAAGUUCAAAAGACACCUUCAGUUAACGGAAUUGAAAACAAAACAGCUCCUAAAAUGCUCUACAUGCACAAUGUUGUCCAUGACUUUGCAACACAUAUUGCCUCUAAUGAUAUUAUAAUUUUGGAUGGCGGGGAAAUGAACAGUAAUUCAAAAGGCCCCACUUUCCAAUUUAUAUUGUUGACCUAUUACAGAGAGCACUCAAUACUUUGCAGUCCACUGAUUACCAGUGCAAGGGCAUUACAUUUCCAGAAUACUAAGGCUAUAAAGCUUCAUAGAGAAGCUUUUAAAUUACUGAAGCGUAUGCGUGUUUUAAAUCUUAGUGGAAGCUGCAUUCAAGAAAUUCCUGAUUCUAUUGGCCACUUGAGGCAUCUAAGAUACCUUGAUAUUUCGGACUUGAAGAUUCAAAUCUUACCUUCCUCAAUGAGUACACUGACAAACCUUGAGGCACUGGAUCUAUCAAAUACUUCUCUCAAGAAAUUACCUCGGUUCAUUGGUACUUUUCUGAAGCUAAGAUAUUUGAAUCUGCAAGGCUGUCAGAUACUUCAACACUUGUCUCUAACCUUUGGUCAUCUCCAAAGACUUGAGCAUCUUAGGCUGUCAUGUUGUUAUGAUGUCGGUGAGCUAGAUGAUUCUCUGUGCAAUCUUCAGCAUCUUCGAUUAUUGGAUUUGUCAAACUGCACCGAGCUUAAACAGCUACCUAGUUCAUUUGGUAAUUUAAUGAAUUUGGAGGAUCUAGAUCUGUCUGGCUGCUUCAACCUCAAGCAUCUACCAGAAUCUUUUGGUAAUAUCUGUUUUCUUAGGUUCCUGAACAUAUCGAGCUGCUACGAGCUUCAACAUUUGCCUGGAUCUCUUACCAAUCUCGGGAAGUUGGAAGUGCUUAUACUUCGGAGAUGUCGCAAGCUUCAAAAGCUCCCUCCUUCCUUUAGAAACAUUCAGUUCCUUCGAGUUUUGGAUCUAGCUGGCUGUGAGGCACUUGAAGUAAGUACUGAGAUAAUGACAACCAACUUGGAGCAUCUGAACCUACAACGUUGUCGCAGGCUGCAGACACAUCCCAACUGCUUUCAGAACUUUACUAAAUUGAAGUUUUUGAAUCUCUCAGAGUGCCAACCUUAUGCUGAUUAUCAUUUGAAUCUAUCAAAGUGCCCCCCUAACAUUGAUUAUUUUCAAUCUCUUGGUUACUUGUUCAACUUAGAAUAUCUUAAUCUGUCACAAACCGUCCUUGACAUACCUGUGUCAUUUGAGAGGCUUCAGAAGCUGCACACGUUGGACCUCACUGGUUGUGUUGUAGUAAAUCCAUCAUCUGGUGUAUCUCAUAUAUUGUCAGAUAUGAUAAAUAAGAUGACAAGGCUCAAAUUUGUGUUGACAAAAGAUCCAACGAUAGUGGCCUCUCUACCACAGCACAUUCGGUACUCUGUUGGCACUGAUGAACACUGGCACAUAACAAGUGAUGAGCUUCUUAUUUCAGACCUCACAGGAGGAUCCAGGGGGUUAAGUAUAGCAGAGAGAGUAAAUCUGCAGAGUCGAGUGGAGCUUCGUUUUCUUAAGCUGGAGUGGAUGCCAAAUUCUCAGCCAGCUGAUGUAGUUGAUGAUGUAGGUGAAGAAGUACUGGAAAAGCUCCAACCAAACCAGAGUUUAGAGCAUUUGGAGCUAGUUGGAUAUGCAGGUCCUGUGUUCCCUCGAUGGAUGAUGGGCAACAUGAUGACUUCACUUCCAAACAUUGUCAGUCUUCAUCUGUUCCACCUAGAGAACUGCAAAGAUCUCCCUCCACUCGGUGAGCUCCGGAAUCUGCUCUACUUGCAUAUAAAAGAUGUGCCUAAGCUCACAAAUCUCCAGAGGGGUCUUUCUGGUGGGCCACGACCCUUCAAGAAAUUAACACGUCUCAAUUUGGAAUCGUUAUUCAACUUAGAAGCAUUGUCUAUACUGUUGGCAUCCAGCAGUGGGGAUCACUUCAUGUUUCCUUGCCUCGAAGAGUUGUCUGUAGUAUCUUGUUGUAAGCUCAUGUUUGAACCAUCUCUUCCAAAAUGCUUGAAAUAUGAGAUAAGAGAGAGUGACCGUGUUCUGUCAUGUGGAGAACCUACUGGACCAUCAUCUUCUUCACCGCCAGUACAAAUAGAGAUAAUAGGGUGCAAGAUACCAUCCAGAUUUUUGCAAUGGGUUAGGUCCUUGAGUACCCUUGAGAAAGCAGUAAUUGAUGCAUGUGAGGGGGAGGAUGGUCAAGUGCUAACUUCUCUUGGGCUCCUGGAGAUAAUAGGCGAUGAAGAACAGCCCAGUAGCUAUGAUUCUAAUGUAAAUGAAUCUGCGACUGUCAGUUCAUCGGAAGCAGUCAUUCCACAUGAGUUAUCUAGUCAGGUACCUAACCAGUGUGCUAUUGGCGCCCAUACUGAUACUCGUUAUGGCAGAACAAUGUUUCAAAAUCAUUUCCCAUGGUUCAGGGUCUCUCCAGCGCACAAAGAGCUCACUCUUCAUAAUCACCAUGUAGAACUACUGACUUCUAUAAGCUUCAGUGGCUCCGGCUCUACAGCAUCGGAAGAUCUUUCAAUGAUUAGUAGUGACACCUUCUUUCUUGAUUCACCAUACGUUACUGUCUUCACCUUUGAGGAAUUGAAGAUUGCCACAAGAAACUUUGGGCCAAACAAUCUACUUGGCGAGGGUGGGUCUGGAUUUAUCUACAAGGGCCAGCUUCGCAGAAAAAUGAACCCUUCAAUUAGCAGCAACAGUAUGGUGAUUGCUGUUAAGAAGUUCAAACCGGACAGUUUAUGCUGGCCUGAAAAUUGGCAGACUGAGAUGAAUUUCCAUGGAAGGAUUUCACACCCAAACCUUGUCAAACUGUUAGGCUACUGCUUGGAUGCCAACAACACGGUCUUUGUUUACGAGUUCAUGGCAAGAGGGAGCUUGGAUAAUCACCUGUUUAGAAGAGGAACAAAUCUACUAUCUUGGAGUCUCAGGGUCAAGAUUCUUACUGAGGCAGCUCGUGGCCUUGCAUUCCUUCACUCCCUAGAAAGACCGGUCAUCUACAGAAACUUUAAGGCUUCAAAAAUCCUAUUAGAUUUGAACUACGAUGUAAAGCUCUCGGGUCUUAACUUUGGCAAGGAUGGCCCAUGCAGUGGGCUAUCGCAUGUAACAACAAGAGUCAUGGGCACAUAUGGCUAUGCAGCUCCUGAAUAUAUAGCUACUGGUCACUUGUAUGUGAAGAGUGAUGUCUACAGCUUUGGCGUUGUGCUGCUGGAGGUGCUUACUGGUCGGAGGGCGAUUGACCAAAAGCGCCCCACUGGGGAGCUUAGUUUGGUGGAUUGGGCGAGACCCUACCUGGCUCAGGCUGAAAGGAGAAUUCUACAUAGGGUGAUGGAUCCUCGUCUUGUGGGGAAGUAUCCUUCCAAGGCCGCCCAUCAGGCUUCCCAACUCGCACGCAGCUGCCUUUCUCAGAACCAUAUGACACGCCCAUCCAUGAACGAAAUCGUGGAUGUUCUAGAGAAUAUCUGCUCAAUGGACACAAAAACAAGGGAACCCAAUAAUACCUCCUUGCAACUGAAGCCCCGGGGGCGCUCACUGCUUGGAUGAGCUCCAUGGGUUUAUGUCCAUGGAUUGAUUCUGCUUUCUGCUAUAAUGAUACAACAUUUCCUGGGAUUUGAUCCAGAUACUGUAUAUAGUUGCAACUUUCAUAUAAAUUGAUUUGGUACAUUUUGCACUCAAAUAUGAUUGUAACCUAUAUUAGACUAGCUUAAUACCUGUGCGUUACUAUGGCACUUGAUAAAAAAAAAAUAUGUAUAGGUAUACAAACUGAUAAAGUUGGUCAUAUUGUGUAAGCA